AUGACUGAUCCACGGGUUUUCGAGGAGCAGGUGGGCAACAUAUUGAAAUUCACGGGGGCGACGCGGCCAGAGCCCAACGCAGUCUUUAUCCUCGUCUUGGGCGCGACGGGCAGCGGCAAAACCACUUUCGUCUCGAAAUGCAGCGGCAAACCCCUCGAGCUUGGCCAUGACCUUUUAUCUUGCACCUCCGCACUAAUAAUCACCUCCUUCGCUCACCCCUCCAGCCUCAAAACGAUCUACCUCCUCGACACUCCCGGCUUCAAUGACACGAAUCACUCCGACUCGGAAACCCUAACCCACAUCUCCCACUACCUCGCCGUCGCCUACGCAAAUGGCAUCUAUAUCUCGGGUAUAAUCCUCAUUCAUCGGAUAAUCGACCCACGACUCUCCGGUACUGCGCGACUAAACCUGAACAUGUUUAAGCAUAUGCUAGGGGAGCCAGCGUAUGAGAAUGCCGCGAUUGUAACGAGUAUGUGGUCGAGCCCGCCGACUCAGCUGGAGGUGCAAAGAGAAAAGGAGUUGAUAACGGAGGAUGGGAUACUCGCGGAAGUUCUGAAGGGUGGUGGGAGAGCGUUUCGCUACUCGGCGUCUGAUCUCGAGGGUACAGGCGCAAGCCCUAGCGCUAAUUCUCUCCCCAUGUCUGUUAUCAACCAUAUCCUCCACCAAGCCCGCGCCGGCCCCGUUACCCUUCAAAUCCAGAGCGAGCUUGUCAACGACAACCGCGAAUUGAUUGAUACCUCUGCGGGGCGCUUUCUAGCUGAUAGGCAGGUGCUUGAUCUGCGAAGGGAGUACGACGCUGCAAUGCAGCAGAUCCGAGAUGGAAUUUCUGGGAGUGCGCUGUUCAGCUCACAACCCGAGAACGGCCAAGCAGACAUCUUCACCAGCCGACGAAAAGUGCAGGCACAAACCGACGGUGAGUUUUCUGACCUCGAGAUGAAAUUGCAGGAUAAGCACGCGACACUGUCCAAGUCUCUCCUCCAAAUACACCAUGACGAAGAGCGGCGCCUGGAAGCGCAAAUGGCGCGGGUUGAAGGAGAUCUCCGUGCGAAGAUCGACGAGAAACAGCAAUAUCUGGAUACCCUGUCAAGCCAAGCCGCAAGCCCACCUUCAGCUUGGGUUCCAGUUUCAGCUCCCAACGUUCGCCCCAGUCCUGGCCCUAGACGUGCCGUCGUAACAGCCACACAGCUCGAGAUUCUGCGUCUCCGCCAUGAAAUCCAAGAACUCCGCCACGAAAUCGAGCAGAAGCAGGCAGCGAACAAUUCUGUUCGGCGGGCGUUCCGCGACGGAUUGCUAUUUGAUACUGUGACGAGGGUUAUGGGCGGUGCGGUUGGUACAGGUAUGUGUCGCCCUCCCAGUCGAUCUACUGAGAUAGCUUAG